CCUGCGCCGCGCUUGCGCCCCCGGGGCGAUGCUGGGAUAGCGAUGGAGACGCCCGGCCCUUCGGCCCGGGCUCUGUUGGUGCCCGCGGCGUCCGGACCCCGGAGGAAGCGCGCGGCCGGGGAGGCCGGGGCUGCGACGAGCAAGCAGCGGGUCCUGGACGAGGAGGAGUACAUCGAGGGCCUCCAGACGGUCAUCCAGAGAGACUUCUUUCCCGACGUGGAGAAGCUGCAGGCACAGAAGGAAUACCUGGAGGCAGAGGAGAGCGGAGACCUGGAGCGGAUGCGGCGGAUAGCCAUCAAGUGUGGCUCCGCCCUGGGCAAGACGGCCCGCGAGCCCCCGCCGCCCUAUGUGACUCCAGCCACGUUUGAGACCCCUGAGGUGCACUCGGGCACCGGAGGGGUGGGCAGCAAGGGCCGGGGCCUGGAGGACGGCGACGGAGAGGUUGCAGAGGAGGAGGAGAAGCAGCCCCUGCCCAGCCUGGACGUCUUCCUGAGCCGGUACACGAGCGAGGACAACGCCUCCUUCCAGGAGAUCAUGGAGGUGGCCAAAGAGAAGAGCCGGGUGCGCCACGCGUGGCUCUACCAGGCCGAGGAGGAGUUUGAGAAGAGGCAGAAGGAUAACCUCGCGCUCCCGUCGGCAGAGCACCAAGCCAUCGAGAGCGGCCAGGCCGGCGUGGAGACCUGGACGUACAAAGCCAAGAACUCCCUCAUGUACUACCCAGAGGGCGUCCCCGACGAAGAGCAGCUGUUCAAGAAGCCGCGGCAGGUGGUGCACAAGAACACCCGCUUCCUCAGGGACCCCUUCAGCCAGGCGCUCAGCCGGUCCCAGCUGCAGCAGGCCGCCGCCCUCAACGCCCAGCACAAGCAGGGCAAGGUGGGCCCGGACGGCAAGGAGCUCAUCCCCCAGGAGUCCCCCCGCGUGGGCGGGUUUGGAUUCAUCGCCACCCCCUCUCCUGCCCCUGGGGUGAACGAGUCCCCUCUGAUGACGUGGGGGGAGGUCGAGAACACGCCCUUGAGAGUGGAAGGAUCUGACACGCCCUACGUGGACAGGACUCCGGGACCAGCCUUCAAGAUCCUGGAGCCGGGCCGCAGGGAGCGGCUGGGGCUGAAGAUGGCCAACGAGGCUGCCGCCAAGAACCGGGCCAAGAAGCAGGAGGCCCUGCGGAGGGUGACGGAGAACCUGGCCAGCCUCACCCCCAAAGGCCUGAGCCCAGCCCUGUCCCCAGCCCUGCAGCGCCUCGUGAGCAGGACCGCCAGCAAGUACACAGACCGGGCCCUGCGGGCCAGCUACACACCGUCUCCGGCACGCUCCACCCACCUCAAGACCCCAGCCGGUGGGCCCCAGACCCCGACGAGCACGCCGGCCCCGGGCUCGGCCACACGCACCCCCCUCAGCCAGGACCCCGCCUGCAUCACAGACAACUUGCUACAGCUCCCUGCCCGGCGCAAAGCCUCCGACUUCUUCUAGGGCUAGGCCUGGGCUGGGCCCGCCGCAGCCUCUUGGAGCCCGCAGGGCGGCUCCCGCCCAGCAGAGGACUCGGGGGUUCAGGGAACCCGGGCCCAGGCCCAAAGCAGCAAGCAUCCCAGGAGCCACAGAAGACAGGUGCCAGGCUGGUGCAGGACUCACCCGCGGCCUUGGGGUGCGUCCUAGGGCCUUGUCGACACUCUUUUUUUAUUGAACCCCCGCCUGUUCUCAUUUAACCUUCAUUAAAGAGCACCUCCAGCCUAGCGGGGCUGCCUCUC